AUGCAGGAAGCCGACGAGGAGCAGCAAGUCGAUCAGGUUCUAGAGGCCGACGAUGACCAGGACUCAGCGGUCGACCUGGGCGAAGACCAAAUCUCGACAACCUCAAUCACGUCCACUAUUCGAAAUUAUCACAUUGAAAAUGGGCGAACUUACCACGCGCUCAGUGCUGGAAAGUACAUCCUGCCCAAUGACGAGGUCAUUUGCCUCUCUUUCUGCUACGUGCGCUUGCUGAAGUCUCACCCGGCAGCCAGAAAACGAGCGGCUAGACAAUGGCAACAGACGUCCAAAACCAACACUUUUUGGCGACAUUCGACGACCGUGCCCACUUUGCACCGGGAGCAGACACAGCCCAACGAGUGCUCGAUGUCGGAACAGGAACGGGCAUCUGGGCAAUGCAAUAUGCUGAUAAUCACCCUGCGGCUCAGGUACCACAGCCCCGGCAAGCUGGCUCGCCAGUGUCGCUAUGUACUGACCGUCAUUAUUCUGGAGGUUAUCGGCGUCGAUUUGAGCCCGAUCCAGCCUGAAAAUGUUGCACCGAAUUGCUCGUUUGAGAUUGACGACGUCGAACAGGAGUGGACGUGGUCGUUCCCCUUUGAUUACAUCUUCAGUAGGAUGAUGGUGGGCAGCUUUGCUGACUGGCCCAGUUUUAUAAGCCGGGCUUAUGAGAAUUUAACUCCUGGCGGCUGGCUGGAACUCCAGGAUUGCAUUUUCCCUCUCGCCACCGACGACGGCACCUUCCACAAGGGCCAGACCAUCUGGGAAUGGGGCAACUUACUGCUCGAAGCCAGUGAGAAGCUGGGACGGUCGUUGGGUGCCGCCACCCAGCACCGCGAGCACAUGAUCGCCGCCGGUUUCACCAACGUGUCUGUGAAGCACUUCAAAUGGCCCACAAACAGCUGGCCCAAGGACCCGAAACACAAGCUGGUUGGGCUCUGGACACUCGCGAAUAUUGGCCAAGGCCUCGAUGGCUUGAGCAUGGCGCUGUUGUCGCGGGGCCACGGCUGGACGCGCGAGCAGGUCCUGGCAUAUCUCCCGGCGGUACGGAAAGAUCUGCGCAAUUCUGCGAUCCACGCAUACUGGCCAAUCAUGAUGGCCAUCACCAAAGCCGCCUCCCCCACCAUCGCAGCCCUUGACCAGCUCACGAAACUAGACCUCGACCACGACCACAACCACGACCACGGCCUUGAGAGCUCUUCCACCACUCCCAUGGAAUCGACCAUGACCAUCAUGGACGCAACACCACCGACCACCAUCUCUGCACUCUCGGACAAAGGCGAUGACGACGACGACGACUAUACACUAUCAUCGCCUCCGCGGCCUCGCUUCCUGUGCCCGUGGCCCGGGUCGUUGUACAUGAUCCAGUCCUCAUGGGGGAAGAUCCUAACGCUGCACGGCGGGGAGGUUAUCCUGUCCGAACCGGACGACCGCGGCAUCGGCGCCGUGGGCGGAAGCGUGCACUGGGCGUGCGAGGAAAACAAGGGCUGGCUGGGGUUCCGGAACGUGGCGUCGGGCAAAUACUUGGGGUACGACGGCAAGGGCAACCGCCAUGGGCGUCUGGUCUGCGUCAGCCCGCACCACCGGGGCUGGGAGAACUUCGUCGUCCGGCCCCGGCCCGACGGCGGCUAUCUCCUGUUCACCACCCACUAUGACCAGCUGUGGCGCGUGGGCACACGGCUGGUCGAAAAACAGCAGCAGGUGCAGGGGAAAGAAAGAGGAGCAGAGGCAAUCCUGGCCAAGAUCGACGGCGAGGAUGCUCUCGGCGAGGAGAUUGUAUGGGAAUUCAUCAAGGUUUAA